UCUUCACUUGGGCGUUGGACUGUGCAUCUUAAUAGCAACAAGGGAAAUUUCUCCAUUUUGCAGCCUGUCUGCAGCGACACGACCGACCGUGGAUUUUAUUGCUUGUCCCUAACCUAUCAGCCUUUUCCUGCUCUCCGGAAAAAUCCUCAGUGGCACUCAACUGGACUUUGAUUUCACGUUUUCCCAAGUGAACUUUUUUUUCCUCUCUGUGCAGAGGGAGAAAGAGAGUGAAAGAGGGAAGACAGCAGCGAAGAGCUUUGCGUUGCAACAAAGAGGCUUGUGGGGUCUUUGUUCGUUUUUUGUGUGUGUGUGUGUGUGGGGGGAUCGGUUGAGUUUCUUUGUUGGAGCUACAAGCAUGGGAGCGCAAUUGUCCAGGGCAGCCGUAAAGGCUGAAGCCGUGGCUGAAAAGCCCGGAGAGGCUGUUGCUUCCUCGCCCAACAAGACCAACGGACAGGAAAACGGACAUGUUAAGGUGAACGGGGACACCGCGGCCGAGAACGGCAAGGAGGAGGUGCAGGCAAACGGCAGCGCCGCGGCAGAGGAUAGCCCCAAGGAGGAGGACGCCCCUGCAGAGAAGGAGGCCACAGAUGGGGAGAAAGUAGAGGCAGCAUCGCCCGCCCCCGCCGAGGGAGAGGUGGCGAAGGUGGAGGAGGGCACCGCUGCCACCCCGUCCGCCAGCAACGAGACCCCCAAGAAGAAGAAGAAGCGCUUCUCCUUCAAGAAGUCAUUCAAGCUCAGCGGUUUCUCUUUCAAGAAGACCAAAAAGGAGACCGGGGAUGGAGCGGAGGGCGAGGAGGUUGCGGCUGCUGAUGAUGCUGUCGCUGCGGCAUCCACAGAGGAGCCCAAGGCCGAGGGCACGGAGGAGGCCAAGGCUGCCAGCGAGGAGGCCAAGCCUGCUGAGGGAGAGGCCGAGCCCGCCAAGGAGGAGGUAGUGGUCAAGCCAGAGGCAGCAGAGAAGCCCGUUGAGGAGGCCGCGCCCACCCAGGAGCCAAAGGCAGAGGAGCCCAAGGUGGAGGAGAAGCCGGCCGAGGAGGCGCCCAAAACGGAGGAGGCCUCACCGAUCUCGCAGGAUGCGGCGUCAGCAGCGGAGGCCCCGGCCGCAACCGCAGAGGCUACCGAAUAAGUUCCAAUGAGGAAAGAAGGGAGAAAUUUCAAAAUGAAAAAAAAUGAAAAAAGAAAGAUAAUCAAAGAACAUUUCCCUGUUCGUAUAUUGGAGUGACGCCAGGUCCUGGCUUUGAAGAACUUGUCAACAACAAGGGAUAUUUUAAAGCUUUUCUUUAUUUUUUGAUUUUUUUUUGUUUCCAUUCCCCCAAACCCUCCUUUACACAAAACCCAUCUCGACCCCUUGUUACUUCCAUUCCAACGGGCUCUAGGGAGGUGGGUGGCUUCAAUAUGUACAACUGAUGAAAUACAUCCACACUCCGCCAUAUAUUUCUUUCAUCAGUAUUACAUUUUUUUUCUUUUUGAAUUUUUAUACGAUUUUAACAAAAUGGUAUGGACAUGCCCAUGGUAUGAAGGAGGCUGGGGGGGGGGGGGACUAUUGAGAAAAGAGUAGUCUAAAAAAAACUAUGAGACCAACAUUGAUACACGCCCGAACGGUUUUUGCAAUGCUAAAUCAUUUUUUAACAAUAAAAACAUAAAAAUCCCAGAUCUAGGUUUCUCAAUAGGAAGUCAUAUAAACGCAUAGGAGCUUUUCACUUCUCAUUAGCUGUACCAGUCAGUGAUUCAGUAGAAAUACCAGUUGUAUAGACUUUAUUGUUUACUGUCGAUACUAUGACCUUAAUAAAAAAAAAUGUAAGUAUGUAUAGGCGGGGUGUUUUUAACUGUGAUUAUUGUACAAAAUGAAAAAAAAAUCUUGACCAAGAAGCACAUGAAGAUUGCAGCUCUUUUUUCCACCCGCUCAUUUUUGUAAGAUAACAACGCAACAUACACACACAAACACACAAGAAGUCAUCCCGAGGGACUUUCUUAAGCAAUUUUGAAGUCAAAACCAAGCUGUGAUAAGUGGAAUGGUUAACUGUUUAUAUACUGUGGUAUGUUUUUUGAUUACAGCAGGCGAUGCUUUUUCAGUGGUCUUUGACAAAAAUUUAAGGAAUCUAUCAGAUGCAAAUGUUUGUGUAGCAUCUUGUCUCUCAUCACUCUUUUCCUUGUGUAAAUACUGGAGAAGCUUUGACCAGUUUGACUUAGAGUUGGAAUGUAACUUUGCUUACAACAAAAAAAAAUGAUAUUAAACUCCUCUGCUUAAGGUGUUCUAAUUUUCUGUGAGCACACUAAAAGCGACAAUAAAUGUGAAUAAAAAUUU